AUUACGAGGUGUCACACUUGGUGUCGUUGUACUAACCCUGGAUUUCUUGCUCUGGAAUUGCUUGUGCCUUCUUCUCUUAGAGAUAAAUCGGAGGUUUGCAAGUGUAGCAGGCAAACUCGGCACGACACUAGUUCUUGUCUUCACAGGUAAGCGUUAGCAUUUGUGUCACCUGUACAGGACGCGCGCAGUGGCUUCACCGGAAGUAGCGAUAUAGGGUUCCUCGAACUUGGCAGGGAAAGAUAGGAAGAGAACAUCAUUUCUCUCACUUUUCAAUAAGUUUUGUGCGUAUAUUCGCAUGCAUACCACACUGAUGUUUUUAAUAUAUAGCAUUUUGUUUUCAAGUGUGUUACCUGAGAGCGAGUAGAGCGCCAUUUUCACACUUUUGGUACAGGAGCGGAGUUAUGGAACUUAGUGCCCGAAUAGAGGGGAGUGGGGCUUGGACUUGUGUGCCGUUAACGAAGUCAACUGGGUAAAAAGAACACUUUAUUUACCUUUUUUAAAUUUUUUUAUAAUUAGUCAUGAGUCUUCGUAAAGUCCAUUAUUCUUAUGAUGUUUGUCUUAUCCAAUUGAUAAUGGUGAGGACGAAAUGAAAUUUUUCACGGUCAGCCCUACUUUCGACAAGUGAUGCUGACGGGGUGGCGUGCGCCGUCGAGUAAUACAUUUUUUCUUUUUUUUUUCCAUGAGAAUAUGAACGCACACAUAACCUGACAGAUGUGAACACGUGUGUUUUGUGCAACUACAUCGGCAGUGUUUGUGUUCGUGGUUACCAACCGAUACACAGCCAACCCCCCCGGUCCCACCCCGUCAACAAAUGAGAGUAGCAGGCACAUCUCGCAAAGUUCACAUUUUUUGUAAAAACAAAAGUCACGUGACCUUGCUGCUCACGCGCUGGCUGAUGACGUUUCUUGUAAACUGUGGAAUCCUUGCUAGCGCAGAGGUUAUUUGGCAGCCACAGACCCCCCGACUGCUGCCUUCUAUUUACUGGAACUUGAUCUCUCGACAGUUUUUAUGUAAUGGGAACAUGUUGUCCAGAGAUCAGGUCAUUGGCUUAAGUUUUUGUUUUUGUUUUUUUAAUUUUGCGUCAGUGAAAAUCGAGUUUCACUGAGAAGUUUCAAGGACAUCGUAUCUUCGAGCGAUCAAAGCGUUGGUGAGCAGAUGCGAGGACCUCUCUCUCUCUCACAUACAUGUGUAUGUUAAAGUCUGCGGGUAUGUAUCUGCGAAUAACUAGAUAUUUUUGCAGAUAUCAAGCAGCAUGGCAGAAGGCUAUUCUCACAGCGUGUACUACUCCCCGGGUUUCAAUCCGUCUGGCCGCCGUGGCUCAGCGGGCUUCGACCGCUUCAUCCCCCACCGGCCCAGCCUCUGCAUGGAGAGCGCCCACCACCGGCUGCUGCAAGGACUGCAGCUCCUCCCGCCUCACACCCCUGUACCUUUAUCGUCGUUGUCAGCAUCGUCUAUGACGUCAUCGUCGUCAGCGGCAACGGAGGGCGGGGAAGUGACCGCGUUUCCCUUCAACGCCGCCAGCGCCACCACCAUCAUCGCCAACAGCACCGACUACGAUGAGGUCUUCGGCACCACCAACAACCCCGGGAGGUGGGAAUACGAGCGGAGGCUGAGCGCGGCUCUCGCCGAGGACCUGCAGGGGGCUGGGGUGGGAGUGGGGGGCGGGCGCAUCCUGACGUUCUCCAACAGCACGGCACCCCCCAGCCCCGCCCUGUCGCCGUUCUUCCUUCACUCAGGUGGUUCGGACCCGUGGAUAGGCUCGCCGAAACGAGAUGCUAGUCUUGGCAGCCCAAACUCUACACCUCGCUGCAUCCGCACGCAACCUGAGAAAAUUCUGGAGCUGUCUCUGCGCAAUGACUUCUACUGCAGCCUCAUGGACUGGGGCAACAACGACUCCAUCGCCGUGGGUGUGGGCAAAGGUGCCUAUGUCUUUCAUGCUCUGGGGAAGGGCCAGGACCUCACGCCGGCUCUGUGGGCGAGGGGCGGAGGCGGAGGCGGGGGAGAAGGUGUCGGCGAAGGAUCCGCCCACCGCCGCAGAGGUCACGUGUCGUCUGUGAAGUGGAAUAACUCUGGCACGCAGUUAGCCCUAGGAUACAGCCAAGGAUUGAUUCUGAUUUGCGACGCUGAGGGCAUGCGCAUUGGACAAGAGCUAUUUGCGGGCAAGCGCACACAGGUGGGCUGCCUGGCCUGGCAUGGCCGACACCUGUACUGUGGCACGAGUUCCGGUCGGGUGUUUGGCUUUGACCUGCGGGAAAGCACCCCCAGGCCGGCAGAAUGUCCCCCCGUGCACCGUGGGCAUGCCUGCAGCAUCCAGUUGUCUCCGGAUGAGAGCAUGUUCGCCAGCGGCGGCAACGACGGGGUGGUCAACGUGUGGGACCCGCGAGCCAGCGGGGUGGUCGAGAGGAUCAAGGCGCAUGUCACAGGCGCCAAGGCGCUGGGGUGGUGUCCAUGGCGACGCGGCAUCCUGGCCAGCGGCGGAGGCGCGAGCGACGGCCACAUCCGCAUCUGGAACGUAGGCGGGCAGACGCUGAAAACGGAAGUCAACACACAGAUGCAGGUGUGCAGCAUCCUGUGGUCCGAGGCUUAUCGCGAGCUGGUGUCCAGCCACAGCACGACUGACAGGCACGAGGUGGUGGUGUGGUCCACCCGUAACCUGCACCUCAGUCUCCUGGCCCGCCUGCCGCCCCCUGCCGGCCGCCCUUUGUUCCAGUGCUUGAGUCCAGACGGCACAACCCUGGCUUCGGCAUCAUCUGAUGAUCGUCUCCGGAUGUGGAAAUUAUUUCCGAAGAAAAAGAAACCAAGUCCGUCGACAUCGCCCCUCAACUUGGACCGUCUGAUUCGCUAAGGUGGGAAUCUCUCAUUGGUUCCUUCCAAUUGUUACCUGCACACGACAACCGUCAUCGACAAUCAAAUCCGAUUUCAUCUGGUGACAUUUUCUGCGGCAAAGUGAGGGAUCACGUGACGCCAGCUUGAAGCCUACCUGUGAGUCUACCUGUCAGCCUACCUGUCAGUCUACCUGUCAGUCUACCUGUCAGCCUACCUGUGUGAGCGAUUCCUUCAUCUUAGAAUCUUCCCGUUGCCUGCACUGGGCUCGUGGGCUCAUUCAUCGUUGCCUGCCACAGCAAGAGUAUUCCCUGUGUGUGGAGGUGAAUCUCAAUUGGAUGUCUUGAGAUGCUGCAGAAGCCAGCAACUAUCUACUUUUGCAACAAUUGGGAGCAAAAUGGAAGAAAAGAUUAUUUCAGUUCAAAGGACUUGAACAGAUUCCUCAGGAAAAUAUUAUCUUUUUGUCCAUUAUUUCUCAGCGUAUAAUAAAAACUCGUAUU